AUGAGUCUAAUAACAGAAAUCAAUGGAUUAUCAUAUCAUCAAUUUAAUAUUAACGAUCAAGAUGAAUUCCAACAAAUAUCAAAAUUAAUAGCCCUACAUUUAUCAGAACCUUAUUCAAUUUAUGUUUAUUGGUAUUUUUUGAACAAUUGGCCCCAAUAUUGUUAUACUGUCAAAGAUCCUGAAUCAUCAACCAAGAAAAUCAUUGGAGUUAUUAUAUCUAAAAUAGAACCUCAUAGAAAUGUUCGAAUGAGAGGAUAUAUAGGGAUGUUAGUUAUAGAUCCAUCCUAUAGAAAAAGGGGAAUAGCUUCAAAUUUAGUCAAAUUAACUAUUGAAAAUAUGCAAAAACAUGAUGCUGUUGAUGAAAUCAUGUUGGAAACUGAAGUUAUAAAUCAAGGUGCAUUGAAUUUAUAUGAAAGUUUUGGAUUCUUAAGAACAAAAAGAUUAUACAGAUAUUAUUUAAGUACUCAUGAUGCUUAUAGAUUAAUCUUACCAAUCAGUGAAAAGGCAAGAUCAAGAAUUGCUUUCUUACCUCCAAUAGUAUAA